UAGGAAUUCCCGCCAAAAACAGAUAACUUUUUUCUUAUUAUACAGUUAUUUUUCCUCAAGUUUUUCAUCAUUUUGUGAUGUUCUUUCACGUAGAGAGCAUUGUGAGUCUCCUCAAAGCAUUUUAGAAGAGCCUGAGAAUGCAUUUACACGAAAAACUAGUGAUUAUUAAGAGUAUACUAGCCCUUCAUCCGGAAGGAGCCGUCUUUGAGACUAUUAAAGAUGACUUUCUGGAAUUCACAAAGGAAUCCUUAGAUUACUCCUUCGCGGAGUUUUAUUCUACUAUGUGUUGUCUGCCAGAUAUCCGUUUCGUAAGGGAUUUCUAUGGGAAUAUGUUCUGGAUGACCACCAGUAGCAAAACCAGUCACAUACGGGAACUAGUCACACUCCAGAAGACCAACGAUCUUCGCCGAAAGAGAAAUACAGCUGCGAUUAAGCCAUGUAAUUUCAAAGAGGAUCACAGGACAAAAAAAAAGAUUGAUAGGAAUCAUCCUUACAAGAGACAACCGCAGGAAAAUAGGACAAAACCCAAUUAUAGAAACAUUACUCCACCAGAGUUUAUUUCUGUAUCUCUGGGGGGAAAGCAGAAUCCCUACAAUCCUCAUCUAUAUGCUCAUCAGAUGAUUGGAGAUGACUUUUUCCUGUCAGUGGCCAAGCUUGAAUUGGGGUACCUCACAGUGCCAGGUCAGAGAAUACAACAAUCUGGCCUUUGCGUUUCUGGACAAACUGUCCGUGGAGCAAUUGAUCGCCUCUGUGAGAUGCCAGUUGAGGACGUGGACAAGCAAGUGAUCAUCAAUCUGGGCUCCGUGGAUCUCAUGCAAGGUCGAGAUGUUCUUGAUAUCCAGACAGAUUAUAAUCGGCUUCUGGUGCUGCUUAAGGAGAUGGGUAUUCAGGCAAUUGUUACAACUCUCCCGCCCAUUGCCAAUCAUUCCUACCUCUCAAGUAUGCAGCACAAUUGGAUGAAGCUCAACGUCUUCCUUAGGCGACAGCCGCUCUGCAUUGACAUUUGCGAACUCAUGAUGCAAAACGGGAGAAUCCUCUAUUCGUGCUUCCAAGGAGAGGCGAAAUAUGUGACUGGGAGCAGCCGACCUCAUGUGCUUUGGAACAAAAUUGGUCGCCAGAGGAUACUUAAAGCAAUGAAGAUUUAUCUAGGAGACACAUUCUGUUGACUUUCGUCCCUCUCAAUCAUAUUUUACUCAAAAAGAAACUCUGUGUUAUUUUAUUCUUUUUUAUAUUUUCUUCAUUCUAUAGGCUAAGAGGAUUUUUCUCUCCUUCCCAAAAGUUCGAACGUGGGAAUGACAGGAAAAUCUUUUAUCUUUAAGUAGAGUAGAUUUAUGUAGAAUUAUUAAAUUAUACACCGAAAUAACACUUGCUACUUUUUCAAAACUCUAUUAUAAGUACAUAGUUAGCUAUAUUUUGUUUUUAGUUCUAGGCUCUAGAAAAACGCUUAUGGUAUUUUUUUUAAUAACAAUAUCUUUUUUAUAAUCCAAUUAUUCUCGAGGAAAAUAAAUUUAGAAAAAGAUAAUGAAUGGAACUAGAAAAAGGAAUGAAUGAAUGAAUGUAUCUUAUUAAAACCAAAAAUACAAUUUCAAAAUUUUUUAAAUGAUUUUAGGAUUGUAUUCCUACUUGAAUACUACAAUGAGAUUUGUUUUUUCUAGAAUUUAUAAUAAUAGAACUGAAAAUACCAAUCCGAUCCCAUCCCAUAGUAAAAUACAAUCCUAUAGCUGUUCAAAUAAUUAUUCUUAAAAGGAUUUAAUAAAAUUAAAAUAUCUAAUCUAAUAGUAUCCAGUGAAAUAAAAUAUAAUCAAGUCAA